UCUAAAGUAGUAAUCAAAUCCCCCAACACAGAAAAGAAACCGCACAAUGUGCCCCACCGCCCGCCAUCCCCACCGCAACCCUGCCGCUAAAUCGACGCAAAUCCGGCCGGCCUUCGACGUCCUCGACGCCGACCGUGACGGCCGAAUCAGCGGCGACGAUCUCCGCGCCUUCUUCUCUCGCGUCCCCGCUGCCUCAGACGAUGUCAUCGCCGCCAUGAUCUCCGCUGCCGAUGCCGAUUGCAGCGGCUUUGUCGAGUUCGACGAGUUUGAGCGCAUCCUACCCGACGCCGCUAGCGACGGCGAGAUAAUGGAGGAGGCCUUCCGUUUGAUGGACCGUGACGGAGACGGAACGGUGGGGUUUGACGACCUGAAGGCGUAUUUGAAAUGGGCAGGGAUGCCCGCCGGCGACGAGGAUGUGCAGGAGAUGAUCCGUUCCGGCGGGUGCGACGAAUCCGCCGGCGUCGGAUUCGAUGAUCUGCUACGGAUCCUGGCCGUUGAUUCUGAGAGAAGGACUUGAGAGAUUCGCGUUUGGCGGAUUUCCAGUACUGAAAGCUGACCAAAUAGUGGUGAUAAAUCUGGUGCAGAUGAGGAUAGAGGAUAUUAGAAGUAGUUGCAUUUUGAGGUUCCUGCAAUCAACAAUGGCUUCCAUACGACCAAAGUCAUUAUUGUCAUCAAAUUUAAGCAAACUGUAUUAAGGUGUUGGUUGAGACAGCUUUUUUACUGCUUUCUAAGGCUUCAUUUGGGACAGCUUCUUUAUUGCUUUCGAAGAUGACUUUUUAGUAAAAAUUAUCUAAUUUAAAAAAAAAAAAAUUGUAGUAAAAAGUUGUUUUAGAAAGCAGCAAGAAAGUUGUACCAAUUGAAGUCUAAAGAUACUUAUUAGAGGAUCAAAUGAUCUCCAAAUCUUUUAUGUUUAUAAUCAAAUUGAACGUCUUGACAUGAUGAAUCCUACAAGCAUA